AUGGCUCGCAAUUUUGAAAAAAUCAGAAAUGCGAGAAGAUGGCCUCUUAUGAUAGAUCCUCAGGGUCAAGCAAAUAAAUGGAUAAAGAAUAUGGAAAAAGUCAAUAGCUUGCACGUAAUCAAGCUCAGCGACCCUCAGUUUGUUACGACACUGGAAAAUUGCAUUCAGUUUGGCAGUCCUGUGCUUCUAGAGAAUAUCGGAGAAGAACUGGAUCCUAUUCUAGAGCCACUGUUGCUCAAACAGACGUUUAAGCAGUCGGGAAGUAUAUGCAUUUGCCUCGGAGACUCCACUAUUGAGUAUGCUCCUGAAUUCCGCUUUUAUAUUACGACUAAGCUGAGAAAUCCACAUUAUCUUCCUGAAAUAUCUGUCAAGGUGAGAAUUUUGAAA